AACGAAUGGAAGCAGCAGCAGAGAAGCUCUAUAAUAGUAAGGUGGUUAAUUUUUUGGGGCCAAUGGUUAAUGCCGGUCGAGAUUAGUGAUCAGUUGUUAGCGCGAAUUUUUCACGGGUGGAAGUAACUUGUUACAUACGGUCUUUUUUUUAAAUUAUUGUUUCGUAAACUUUGUUUUUUGAUUUUCUUGAUAAAUAAUAACCCCAUCGAACAUUUAUCAUCGUCUAAUUUUUCGAAUCCUGUCAAAAUGUCCGCUGCAAGGAGUAAUAAAUACGCUUGGAUAGUCAUUUGUCUGGCUUCGAUUUUUAUCUGUUCAAAUAUCGAAGCUUCAACUCUUUCAAAAUCACCACUUCAUAGCUCACAACCUGCAGAAAUACUCCCCGACAUCGCUAACGAUGACGUUAAAGAAAUGAUCGAUUUAAAUCAAAAGAAAAUUCUAGUCCGUUCAGCUGAUGCCGAUGAUAAUUAUGUUGAUGAUGAUGAUGAAAAUGAAAACAAGGACAAAGAAGACAAAGAAAAAACCGAUUCGGAAGAUGAAAACUCUCAAUCGCCUCACCCUCAUGGUUCACAUGGUCCAUUAGGUCAUGUUAAGAUUCUUUUGAAUCAUGUCCAACAAGGUGGUGGUAUUCAUGCUUUGGGAAAUACUAUCGGAACUCAUCAUCAACUCAUGCCAAAUACACAUCAUGAAUCUGCAAUCGAAACAGAAAAAGAUCGAACAAUGACCAAUGCUGGGACAGGCUUGCAAGUUCUUGAGUUUCUUGGAACAAUAUUUGGUUUAGUUUGGGGAUUUUUAUCAAAUAUACCAGCUUUAUUUGGAAGUAGUAGUGCAAGUGCUAGUGGAGGAAGGCAAUAGGUGUUUAAGAUGAUCCCAAAAAUGAAAAUAAAACGGAAUAACGACUAAAACAGAAUGGAAUGGAAUCCAUAUUUGCAGUGGAUUUUAAUUCAAAUUCGAGGCUUGUUGUGAUGGGAGUGACUUGAUUUUUUUUUUAGUUUUACAAUCCACAAUGUGGAUCGUAAAAUAUAUUCAAAAUUUUGUUUUGAUUUCAUUUAUUUUUUAAUUUGAAGCUGGAACUUCAACUAACAAUAUAAAUUUUUUUGAACAAAAUUUUUAUUUUUAUGCACAUUUUUUAUAAUUUUAAAUAAAUAAAUAAAAGUAUGAAAGAAAAUUUAA